CCGCUCUGAUCUCCGAACGCUUUCCUUUCCUUUCCUUUUUUUUUUUUUAAUUCCCACUCCUCCGCUCCGCUCCGCGCUGCGCUGUGAAUGAACGAGCCUCUUAACAUAUCAGACCAACGUCAUCAGCUGAAGGUGGAUCACGCCGCGCGGCCGUUUCUAUAAAGCCCCCCGCAGCCCGCUCACUGUGGAGGAAACGGACACCGGUUUGGCAGAAACGAGGCGAAAGAGAAAGAAGCAACUUUUCCUUCAACCCAAACAGAUUUUCUGGAAGCCGGCUGGAGAUUUUACAGGGGACCCGGAGAAAAAGGAGGCGGAGAAGCAGAGAGCCGGACGGGGCAGAAGCUUUACGCACCGCCGCCGGACAGAGAUUCAAACGCACAGGACGCAGGUGGAUGCUGGGAAGCGGACCAGCUCGGAGGAGAUGUUCCCCCUGGCCCAGUUCGGGGUGCUGUCGGCUCUGGCCACCGCGCUCACCUCGGUCCUGUCCGCGCUCCUGCUGCUGGCGCUGACCCGGCAGCUGUGGAGCCUCCGCUGGAGCGUGACCCGGGACAAAGAGAGCAGCCUGCCGCUCCCGAAGGGCUCCAUGGGCUGGCCGCUGGUCGGAGAGACCUUCCACUGGCUGUUCCAGGGUUCAAACUUCCACAUCUCGAGAAGAGAGCGUCAUGGCAACGUGUUCAAGACCCACCUCCUGGGGAAACCGGUCAUCCGGGUGACGGGCGCCGAAAACAUCCGCAAGAUCCUGCUGGGGGAGCACAGCCUGGUGUGCACCCAGUGGCCCCAGAGCACCCGCAUCAUCCUGGGGCCCAACACCCUGGUCAACUCCAUCGGAGACCUGCACAAGAGGAAGAGAAAGAUCCUGGCCAAAGUGUUUAGCCGGGGGGCUCUGGAGUCCUACCUGCCCCGGCUGCAGGACGUUGUCAAGUCUGAAAUCGCCAAGUGGUGCUCGGAGCCGGGCGCCAUCGACGUGUACGGUGCUGCCAAGUCGCUGACGUUCCGCAUCGCCGUCCGGGUGCUGCUGGGACUGCAGCUGGAGGAGGAGCGCAUCGUUUACCUGGCGAGGAUCUUCGAGCAGCUGAUGAACAACCUGUUCUCGCUGCCCAUCGACGCGCCGCUCAGCGGCCUGCGAAAGGGCAUCAAAGCCAGAGAAAUCCUGCACGCCAACAUGGAGAAAAUCAUCGAGGAGAAGAUGGAGCGGCAGCAGGCGGAUGACGAAUAUCACGACGCCUUCGACUACAUGCUGUCUAGCGCCAAAGAGCAUGGUCAACAGCUCAGCAUCCAGGAGCUCAAGGAAACAGCAGUAGAGCUGAUCUUUGCAGCUCACUCCACCACAGCCAGCGCCUCCACGUCUCUGGUUCUGCAGCUCCUUCGUCACCCGGCGGUGGUGGAACGAGCCAGAGCCGAGCUGGAGGCCGAAGACCUCGGCUACGAAUCUCACAGCAGCCCAUCCGGCGUCAACGUGGAGAAAGACGACGGUUCUGCCGACACGGAGACGACCUGCCUGCUGGACGGAGGCCGGCAGAGGGAUGAAGCUGGUUUUCCACAGUCCCGGUCUCAUUUACCGGAUCUGAGCCUGGACAAGCUGAGUCAGCUCCGAUACGUCGACUGUGUCGUCAAGGAGGUGCUUCGCUUCCUGCCGCCGGUCUCUGGAGGUUACCGGACGGCCCUGCAGACGUUCGAACUGGACGGCUACCAGAUCCCCAAAGGCUGGAGUGUGAUGUACAGUAUCCGGGACACCCACGAGACGGCAGCGGUCUUCCAAAGCCCGGAGCUGUUCGACCCUGAUCGGUUCGGCCCGGACCGAGAGGAGAGCCGGUCGGCCCGGUUCAGCUACGUGCCAUUCGGAGGUGGUGUUCGGAGCUGCGUGGGGAAAGAACUGGCGCAGAUCAUCCUAAAGACUCUCGCUGUGGAGCUGAUCGGGACGUGCAAAUGGACCUUGGCUACGGAGAACUUUCCCAAGAUGCAGACGGUGCCCAUCGUGCACCCGGUUAACGGGCUGCACGUGCAUUUCAGCUACAACUACCCACUUUAGGUACAAAAACAGACUGACAGACUUUCCCAAAAAACACUCCCCCCCAAGAGGCAACUGAAUCUUUACUGCUUCUGGAAACACCGAACUGGCCGGUCCUGAUGGUGCAGUUCAUUUCCAUGGACUUUGAGCCGUUUACAUGGUAGUUUGCAGCACUUCUUCACUCCUCCAGUGGUCUGAUCCAAACCUAAGAAACCCAUUCACUUGUAACAGCUUUUCAGUUUCCUUUACUUGCAUUUUAAGUUAUUUAUAUGUGAAAUCAGUAAGAAAUAUGAGCAUUCUCCCUGCUUCUUUUGCUGAAGUUCCUGCUGAAUGGACUUCAUGAACACUUAAGAAGUUUCUCUUCAGAGCUCCAGUGCCAUUUACAAGGACAAACAGCCGCUAAGGGGCUACUUUUAAUAUUCUGCUGCCUCUCUGUAGUCUGUAAAUCCACUUUAAGUUAUUGAAAUAUCAGAGUGUGCAUCUGUGAAACUAAACUCUACAGAGGAGAAACCCCAGUUUGACCAUUUUACAGCGUGUAAGUGACUUUAUUUAACAUUUUUAGACUACAGGAGGUUAAUGUUUCAGAGAAUCCAACAAUAAUUUUAGCUUUUACAUCAGUGGGUAUCACUAAAGUCAUAGCAAAAUGCUACAUAUAUUUGCUGUGCUGAAUUUGCAAGUCAGGAGUAUUUUUCUUUACUUUUCGAAAACUGAGCUGGUAUAAUUCUUUCAGUCCAGACUCAGAGACUUCACCUCCAACCACUGUGCAGAAUGUAACAUACAGAUUUGUAUACAAAUACUUAUGUUUUUAAUCCUCCAGUUGCCUUUGUUUACUUCUGAAGACCUCGGUUUGCCUCUCUGAAGUGCCUCUGAGCAAAGCGCUGGAUGUUUUCAUGGGAAUGCUGCAUGUGCAGAAGCAAAAAAACGAGAUCACCUGAGCUUAAUUAAGGCUAAAACUCCAAGUGACAAGAUCUACAAUGAACACAUAUCUGAACACCUGUGGACAAUAUUUAAUCUGGACACAACAGAGACACUUUGUGCUGAAUAAAAAUGGAGCCUGCACUUGAUUUUGACAAGUUGGUUCCAAUACAAGGAUCGUCAUCGAGUUCAAAAUGUUCUGUUUUAAAAAAAAAAAUAUGAAUGUUAAAUUUUUUUUAAUAUAUAUAUAUAUAUAUCCUUAACAGUGCUAUUAUGUGUGUAUCAAAUGAAGUAGCAUAAUGAAUAAGCUGUAUUUAAAAUGCAGAUGUAUCAUAUCUGUUGUGCUUUUACUUUAUCUGUAACAGUUUAUAGACAGAGACACUAACCUGUAACGUAACGGACUGUCCAGAAAACCUUAUUUCACUGCUAGAACUCUUUUGUUGUUUAGAGCAGCGUAUACUGAGCAUGUAAAAGCUAUUGUUAUUAUUAUUAUUAUUAUUAUUAUUAUUAUUAUUAUUAUUAUUAUUAUUAUUAUUAUUAUUAUUAUUAUUAUUAUUAUUAUUAUUAUGACUGGGCUAAUUCUAGGACCAUUUCUGUGUCAAAUCCUAAUAGAUGCGCUGUGAAAUCUUACAUAUGGAUGGAUUUGUGGAAGGAGAUAGCACUUUCUCCACUUUUACGGAGUUUGUAUAUAUUUGUCCUGUUUAUGCAUUCACUGAGUGUAUCGGAUGUAGCUGCUGUACAGUUGAUGGAAAGAGUAAAUUAGAAGAUGAUAAAUGAAAAUCA